GAGGAGCCACCGCGGACUGACAGGGAGCGGACAGAUACAGCGAUCAGAAAGGGAACACUAACCGACACUGAGAGAGAAAAAAACUCCACAGUCCCGGCAGCUGAGCGGAGAUAUACCGUACGGUCCUCACGGACCGCUUCUCCUUUCCACCUCGGGAGAUCAGAGCAAGUGAUGUGGGACUGGAGGACCUAGGAGACUCGUUCCUUUACUGUGUCUAAUUUGGGGACCUCCUUGAUUUUCUUGUCUUCAUCAUCUUUUCGGAAAUGCAAACGUCCAAGAAAGCCUUGAAAUGGUGUCAUUCUAUAACUGUGUGAGGUUGUAGCCAAUCAGCGCAGCGUCAGCACUGGAGGAGAGUGUACCAACAGUCAUGGACCUAAGAUUCAGAUGGCUGUCGCCUCUUGCCACGGGAGGUUUUCAUAUCCUGCUGCUGGCCAGACUGGUGCUGCCUUCUUACACAGAGAGCAUGCCCAGCUUCAUCAAGUCCCCUGACGAUCAGACAGGGAUUUCAGGAGGAGCGGCAUCGUUUAUAUGCCAGGCAGUGGGUGAGCCCAAACCUCGUAUUACCUGGAUGAAGAAGGGGAAGAAAGUCAGUUCUCAGCGCUUUGAGGUGAUUGAGUUUGAUGACGGCUCAGGCUCUAUGCUGCGUAUCCAGCCUCUGAGGACCCACCGUGAUGAAGCUAUCUAUGAAUGCACAGCAACCAACAGCAUGGGAGAGAUCAACACCAGUGCCAAGCUCACUGUCUUAGAGGAGGACCAGAUCCCUCAUAACUUCCCCACCAUAGACAUGGGGCCCCAGCUUAAGGUCGUAGAGAGAACCCGUACUGCUACGAUGCUGUGUGCAGCCAGCGGCAACCCUGACCCAGAGAUUUACUGGUUCAAGGACUUCCUGCCUGUAGACAUCAGCAGCAGCAACGGGCGCAUAAAACAGCUGCGUUCAGGUGGUACACCAAUCAGAGGAGCGCUUCAGAUUGAGAACAGCGAGGAGUCGGACCAGGGCAAAUACGAGUGCGUGGCAGUGAACAACGCCGGGACUCGCUACUCUGCUCCAGCUAACCUUUAUGUUCGAGAUCAACGGGAAGUUCGCCGUGUGCCUCCCCGUUUCUCAAUCCCCCCCACCAAUCAUGAGGUGAUGCCCGGCGGCAGCGUUAACCUAACCUGCGUUGCGGUUGGUGCCCCGAUGCCUUAUGUCAAGUGGAUGAGCCACGAUGUGGAGCUGACCCGGGAGGAGGAGAUGCCCAUUGGCCGCAAUGUCCUGGAGCUCACCAACAUCCGGCAGUCUGACAACUACACCUGUGUGGCCAUCUCCUCCCUGGGCAUGAUUGAGACCACAGCCCAGAUUACUGUCAAAGCCCUGCCCAAGCCGCCAACUUCCCUCACUGUGACAGAAACCACAGCCACCAGUGUCACCCUUACCUGGGACUCUGGCAACCCAGAAUCAGUGUCCUACUACGUUAUCCAGUACCAUGCCAAAGUGUCUGACAAUGGCUUUCAGGAAGUGGAUGGAGUAGCCACAACACGAUACAGCAUUGGCGGCCUCAGCCCCUGCUCAGAAUAUGAGUUUCGUGUCAUGGCCAUCAACAACGUUGGCCGGGGGCCUCCCAGCAGUAUUGUAAACACCCGUACAAGCGAGCAAGCACCCUCAUCACCUCCUCUUCAUAUCCAGGCACGCAUGCUGAGCCCCAGCACUAUGCUAGUUCAGUGGGAACCUCCAGAGGAGCCCAACGGCCAAAUCCAGGGCUACUGGGUCUAUUACACCUCAGAGCAUGAUGCCCCGCUCAGUAGCUGGCAGAAACACAACACAGAUGACAGCCACCUCACCACUAUCUCAGGCCUCACCACAGAUAUCACGUACAGCCUGAGAGUGCUGGGCUUCACCUCUGUGGGAGACGGACCUCCCUCUGAUGUCCUGCAGAUUAAGACUCAGCAGGGAGUUCCAGCUCAGCCAUCUGGUCUUGAGGCUGAGGCCGAGCUGGACUCGCGCAUUAUGCUGUCAUGGCUUUGGCCUGUCCAGGACCCCAUCAUUAGCUAUGAACUGCUCUACUGGGAAGACAACAAUCCUGCAGACAAGCAUCAUGUCACUUUCGACCCAGCAGGCUCCUAUGCAGUUGAUGGUCUAAAGCCAGAUACAUUCUACGUAUUUUCCCUGGCAGCAAAAUCUGAGAUGGGUGUAGGAGUCUAUACUCAGCCUGUCGAGGCCAGGACUGCCCAGUCCAUGCCUGGAGCUCCUCCCAGGAAGGUGGAGGCAAAUGCCCUCAACUCCACUGCCAUCAGGGUGACCUGGAAGCCUCCCCUGUCUGUGAAGCAGCAUGGCCAGAUCAGAGGCUACCAGCUGGUCUACUCCAGGUUAGAGAAUGGGGAGCCUCAUGGCCAGCCAGUCAUCAUGGACGUUUCCCUUCCUCAAGCCCAGGAGGCCAUUGUAACAGGUCUGCUCCCAGAGACAACCUACUCUGUGACUGUGGCUGCGUAUACCACCAAGGGUGAUGGAGCUCCCAGCAAGGCCAAGGUGGUCACCACCACAGGAGCAGUGCCUGGCAAACCCACAAUGAUGAUCAGCACCACCAUAGGGAACACUGCCCUGAUCCAGUGGCAGCCUCCUAAGGAGAUGGUCGGGGAGCAUGUGGGAUACCAGCUGCAGUACAAGAGAGCAGAGGAGGAAGCUUUCACUAUCAAAGACUUCAGAAAGGCAGAUGAUCAUUUCACAGUCACCGGCCUUCACAAGGGAGCCACCUACAUCUUCAAACUGUGCACCAAAAACCAAGCAGGCAAUGGGGAGGAAUAUGUAAAGGAAAUCAGCACCCCUGAGGACAUUCCAAGCAGCUAUCCCCAGAAUCUGACUGUGGUAGGCCUGACUGCCACCUCCAAUAAGCUGGCCUGGGACCCCCCUCCUCUGGCUGAGAGGAAUGGGAAGAUUGUCAAGUAUGUGGUGGUGUAUCGAGAUAUCAAUAGCCAGCACAACAACACCGACAGCACCACAGAAACACAGAUGACUGUCCAAGGCUUGCAGCCAGACACUACCUAUGACAUCAGAGUCCAAGCUUAUACGAGCAAGGGGGGAGGACCAAUCAGUCCCAGCAUUCAGAGUCGAACAAUGUCCACCUCCAUGCCAGACCUUCCCUCAGCAUUCACCAAGGACUUCAGUGUGAAGGCUGUGAUGAAAACCUCGGUCCUGCUGACCUGGGAAGUACCAGAAACUUACAAAUCUCAAGUGCCUCUCAAGAUCCUGUACAACCAGCACAGUGUGGAGGUUCCAGGCAACCUGAAGAGGAAGCUGAUCACACAGCUGCAGCCAGAUACAGAUUAUUCCUUCGUCCUAAUGAGCAGGGGGAACAGUGCCGGUGGCCUCCAGCAGCAGGUUUCCAUUCGUACAGCUCCAGACCUGCUGAAGAUGAAACCAGCUCGAUUCCAACACCAUGUAGAGGAGGUUGGGAAAGUGACCAUCAGUCUGCCCAGGAUCCCCGCUGCAGCUUCCGUCAGGUGGUACUACAUAGUGGUUGUCCCCCUAACCCUGGGUUCUCUAAGAAGAUGGGAGAACCCUGAGGACAUGGAUAUACAUGAGCUCCUGGAGGCUGGUGCUGACAGCAGUCUGCAGAGAAAGAAGAGACAGAACCAGGAUUUCCUGCAGCCCUACAUCGCUGCCAAGCUGGACGCUCUGUCUGAGAUUUUCACACUAGGUGAUGAGAAGAAAUACAAUGGCUACUACAACAAAGCUCUCCUUGACCAGCAGCAGUAUCACUGCUUCGUUCUGGCUGAAUGGACGGGCCAUGACUCUCAAAGGACUUUUGCGGCCAGCCCUUUUUCUGAACCCAUCAUGGUGAAGCUCCACAAUGGGAUGACCCAACAAACUGAGGACCCAGAGAUGCUGUGGGUGAUGGGUCCAGUGCUGGCAGUCAUUCUCAUCAUUAUCAUUGUUAUUGCUAUUCUACUCUUUAAGAGCAAACAAGAAAGGAAACAAACCUCUCAAGCCAAGGAUGAGCACAUGGCCGGGAUCAAGGACUCACUGUUGGCCCACUCCUCAGACCCUGUGGAGAUGAGGAGACUGAACUAUCAGACACAAGGCAACAGUGCCUUCUACUGCCUUAAUCAACCAAGAAUGAGGGAACACCCUCCCAUCGCUAUCUGUGACCUGGCAGACUACAUAGAAAGACUUAAGGUCAAUGACGGUCUGCUCUUCUCCCAGGAAUAUGAGUCUAUAGAUCCAGGACAGCAGUUCACCUGGGAGCACUCCAAUCUGGAGGUCAACAAGUCAAAGAACCGCUAUGCAAAUGUUAUUGCCUACGACCACUCCAGGGUCAUCCUCACACCUGUGGAUGGAGUUCCUGGGAGCGACUACAUCAAUGCCAACUACAUUGAUGGCUACAGGAAGCAGAAUGCUUACAUUGCCACACAGGGGCCCCUGCUGGAGACGCUGAGUGACUUCUGGAGGAUGGUGUGGGAGCAGAGGACCAGCACCAUCAUUAUGAUGACCCGCCUGGAGGAGAGGUCACGGGUGAAGUGUGACCAGUAUUGGCCCAGUCGAGGCACAGAGACAUAUGGGAUGAUUCAGGUGACCAUGCUGGACACUUUGGAAUUGGCUACAUACAGCAUACGCACAUUCGCUCUCUAUAAGGAAAAUUGUGUUGUUUCACCUGAGUUGUAGCAGACCAGAAAGAAGAUGCUCUGGAGGGG